AUGGAAAACGUAGAUGAAGAACAAUUGAAGAGGAUGUGUGCUAAUACAGCUGUGUCUGCGGUGGUCACAAUAAUAACAUGUAUUCUGAGAAUGCGUGCUAAGCGCAAGAGAAUUUCAUCUUGUACGAAGGAGGAAAAAAUCCAAAAAAUUUAUUGCAGAGAAGCUCACUUCAAACGUGUAUUGGAAGGCUAUAGUGAUAGUUGUCGGUCUUACAUUAGAAUGAGACCGAGUGCCUUUUUUAAACUUGCUGCAGUAAUGAAAGAAAACGGUUUAUUAGAGGAUUCAAGACAUGUUCAAGUCGAAGAACAGCUCGCUAUGUUCCUGAGUAUAGUGGGGCAUAAAACUAAAAAUAGAAUAAUAAGGACUGAGUUCAUAAGAUCGGGAGAAACAGUGAGUAGGUAUUUCAAUAAAGUCCUACAAGCAAUGAAUGGGUUACGUGAUCGCUAUAUGAAGCAAGCUCCAAAUGAAGUUCCUGCAGAGAUUGCAAACAACCCAAAUUAUUUUCCUUACUUCAAGGAUUGCAUUGGUAUGAUAGAUGGCACACACGUUGACGCAGUAUUACCCAGUAACCUAGUUGCCCGUUUUAGAGGGAGAAAAGGUGUGACACAAAACGUCCUAGCAGCAUGCACCCCUAAUAAACUAUUCACCUAUGUCCUAGCUGGGUGGGGGGGAGCAGCAAAUGAUUAUAGGAUAUUACAGGAUGCUUUGUCGAGACCACAGCCUUACGGGCUUCGAGUUUAUGAUGGUAAAUAUUACCUAUGUGACGCGGGAUACACCACAAUGCCAGACUUCAUAUCCCCAUAUCGCGGUGUACGAUAUCAUUUAAAAGAGCACACCGGUAGGACACCAAAGAAUAGAAAAGAGUUGUUUAAUUUAAGGCAUUCAAGUUUAAGAUCAAAAAUUGAAUGCACAUUUGGUAUAUUGAAGAACCGGUUUAAAAUACUAUCGGCGAAGCCAAAUUAUCCAUUUCCCACUCAAGUGGACAUUGUACUAGCGUGUACCGUGUUACACAAUUUCAUUGCUAUAGAAGAUCCAGAUGAUGAUAUUUUAAAUGAAAAUAUAGACAUUGAUGAAGAUAAUGGGGAAGUGACAAAUGACGAUGACUCAAGUGUGGUGGAUUAUACUCAAACUAGGACACAGAGAGAGGAAGAUGAAAGAAAUGAAUGGAAGGAGCUACGAGAUCAAAUUGCUUGGGCGAUGUGGGUGGAUUAUUGUGCAAAGUAUAAUGGUGGUAACACAAUGGAAAGUGGUUUAGCUUAA